AUGAGCGUCUUCAACAUAAGUAACAGCUGCACCGUCUAUGUCAACCACGGGCAAGACUGCGCUCAGCCCAAGCCCAGAGGUGGCCCGUUGAAAGGGGGCGGUGGUGGUGGUGAUGGCGAUGGCGGUGGCGGUGGCGGUGGAGGUCGCGACCGAACCAAGCCCAGAAGUGGCCCGUCUAAAAGAGGCGGUGGUGGUGGUGGUGGUGAUAGCGGUGAGGGUCGCCACCGACAAUGUUAUAACUGUGGUAAACAGGGACAUUUGUCCCGGGAUUGCGCCAAGUCCAGAGGUGGCCCGUCCAAAAGGGGCGGUGGCGGUGGCAGGGGUCGUGAUGGUGGUAGGCGGAGGGGUGGUGAUGGUGGACGGUCUACUGAAAACGGCCUCGCCGCGGCCGAAGAAGGACCUCAAUCAGACCGCCGAAACUCCGCAGCCGCCAAACGUAAGGAUAUAUCAGAGCUCUACGUCACUGCAAGGGAGACGCCACCGAGCCCACCGCCAAACGUCGAAAUGAGUGAUGUCUCCUACAUGGCUGGGGAAGAAGAUGUAAGGAUAUAA